GAAAUUAUGCAUAUCAUAAAUUUUUUUAACAUUUACAAAAAUUGUAUCUUUUUUGGUUUUAGUAUUUUUAAUAUUGCUUUUUUAGUUAAAGGUUCAGUUGUUAAAAAUAAUGAAAUAAUUGUAAAUGACACAAAUGAAAAUGAAAUAUCAAUAGGAUUAACAAAAUUAUCUAACAUUGCUAAUAGCUCUACAAAUAAUUUAUAUAAUAUUCACCAAGGUAUUUUAGUUAAGAACUCAAAAGAUAUGGUUCCAGAAUCGCCUGCUUCAUUAAUGUCUGAGAAAACCAUAGACUCUACUAAAAUUAAAAUGAAAUAUCAAAGUGAUAUAAAAGCGGAAUCUAAUUUAUUAAAUCCGAAUGAAACGGAAACAGGAAAUUUAAUAUUGAGUAACUCAGAGAACAAUUCCAUAAAUCCUCCAUUGGCUAUGGUAUCUCAAGCACCUAAAAAAAAAUCUCUGAAGUGUCACUGUGAUUAUUGCAAGGAUGAUAAUCAUGUUUGUGAAACUGAUGGUGUUUGCUUUACAUCUGUUGAAAAGGAUCUAGUUAAAAAUGAAUUGGUUUAUAGCUACAGGUGUAUCCAUAAAACAUAUGAGAUUGAAAGAUCUGAACCAAUAGAAUGCUUAGUUAGCAAGGAGAAAAAAAAAUUUUUUAGAAUUCAAUGCUGUAAUACAGAUUACUGUAAUAAAAAUGAAUUAUUAAAAUUGGAAUUUAAAACAGAUUUUCUACCAGAAACUGCUCUUACAACAUGGCAUUUAGUAUUUAUAAUAUUUGGUGCAACAUUUUUUUUAUGUUUAAUUAUAUUUACGAUGUAUUGGUAUAUACAAAAACGUAAGCGGAUGCUUACGGCUAGACCAUAUCCACAAGAAGAUUCUGUAUGCGACCCUAUUUUAAAUGGUAAUACAAUUCAGGAUAUCAUAGAGAUGACAACAUCUGGGUCAGGCUCAGCUGGUUUGCCAUUGUUAGUACAACGUUCAAUUGCUCGGCAAGUUCAGUUAUGUAAUGUAAUUGGAAAGGGUCGUUUCGGGGAGGUAUGGAGAGGCAGAUGGCGUGGAGAAAAUGUUGCUGUGAAAAUUUUUUCAAGUCGGGAGGAGUCAUCUUGGUUUAGAGAAGCUGAAAUAUACCAAACUGUAAUGUUACGCCAUGAAAAUAUAUUAGGUUUUAUAGCAGCAGAUAAUAAAGAUAAUGGAACAUGGACUCAAUUAUGGCUUGUGACUGAUUAUCAUGAUAAUGGCUCACUGUUUGAUUAUUUAACAGCCCAUACUGUUGACACAAAAACUAUGUUGUUAAUGGCACUGUCAAUAGCGACUGGGUUAUCUCAUUUACAUAUGGAUAUUUUAGGUACUAGGGGUAAACCAGCGAUAGCUCAUCGUGACUUGAAAUCAAAAAAUAUUUUGGUUAAAAAUAAUUUAAGUUGUGCUAUAGCUGAUUUAGGUUUAGCUGUUAGGCAUGUGGACAAAGAUGAUUCCGUUGAUAUUCCGUCAACACAUCGUGUUGGUACAAAACGUUAUAUGGCGCCAGAAGUUUUGGAUGAAACCUUAAAUGCAAACCAUUUUGAUUCUUAUAAACGAGCUGACGUUUAUGCAUUCGGUUUAAUAUUGUGGGAAAUAGCUAGACGGUGUAAUAUGGGCAUGAUUUAUGAUGAUUAUCAAUUGCCAUAUUAUGAUGUUGUACAACCUGAUCCAUCAAUAGAAGAAAUGAAAAAGGUUGUUUGCAUAGACAAAAUACGUCCAAAUAUACCAAAUCGAUGGCAUGCUUCUGAUGUUCUUCAUAAUAUGGCAAAAGUAAUGAAAGAAUGUUGGUAUGCGAACCCUGCUGCUAGAUUAACUGCUUUAAGAAUUAAAAAGACAUUAGCUAACAUAAGUGUCGAAGAAAAAAUUUUAUAAAUGUAGAGUAUUUAAAUUUUUAAAAAAUUUAUAAUAUAAAAAUUAAAUAAUAUUUAAUUGUAAACUUAGGUAUGUAAUUUCGUAAUUGAAUAUUUGAAGAAAAAAAUAAUAAUUGAAGAAGUACGUAAAUUGAUUUAUUAAAGAGUUUUUAAAAACUUAAUGUGUAUAAAUGUUGGAAAGAAACUAAAAAUAAUGUUUGUAAAUUUCACUAUUGAACAAAACAAAAAAAAGAAACUUUAGUGUGGAGAAAGUGGUAGAGGUGUAGAGUGUUACAUUUUUUAAAGAAGUAUUUGUAUUAAAUGUUGAUCAGCAAAGUUGGAAAUUUUAUGAAGAUAAGGCAUUUUUUGAAAAUUUUGAGAAUUAUAUAUGAAAGAAUAUAAUAAAAACUGAAAAUCAAUAAAUAAACCAAAAAAAAAAAAAACAAAAAAUAAAAUAAAAAUAAACGUAUAUUACAGAAAUAUAUAAUAGUAAGUUAAUAGUAUAUUAAUUAUCUUUGCGUUAUAUGUGUACAUGUAUCAUGUAAAUAGAAUUUUUAUAAAAUAUUAGUUAUAAUUGUAUGUAUUAGUUGUAAUUGUAUUUAUGGGCAUCAUAAUAUUAAUUAUCCGUGAAAUUAUGUUAAUAAGUAACCCAUAUUUAUAGAAAUAUAGUUUAGUUACUUUUGUACUAUGUAAAACAAUUUAAUAAAGCUGUUUAAUUAUUCUACUUAUGUAUGAAAUUACAUAGUGCAUACAUAAUUGCGGCUUAUUACGUUAUUUAAGGUUUUUUAAUUUAAUAGUUUCUAUUCACGCGCAUUUUGGCACAAGAUAUAAUAUGUUUCGAGUUUAUUUUGAAGAACAAUAACUGAAAGUAAUAUUUAUCAUUGUUACCAAAUUAAGGCAAAAUAUGAAAGAGUUUUAAAUCCAAUUUCUAUUUUUAUUGUAAAAUUGCUACAAUAUAAAAAGUGUAAAACGCACAAGA